GAUGAGACUUCCAAGCGCCAUCCAUGUCUGAAAUGUGCUUCUGGUUAGAGAAGCACAUGGGGUCCUCGUGCUUGUGCCAUUCCCUAGCAAACCGCGGCUGUGCAGGCGAGAUGUCCAGCGCAAGCUCCGGCAAGUGCCAAACACUUGGCCCCAGCAGACCUGAUCCAGAUCACACCACGGCACCUCCAAAACCGCAGCACUGCACGUACCCUACCCAUUGUAUACCAUCACAGGCCACCGUGUCGGCGCCAGCUUUACCCUUGGACUAUAAAUCCAUGGCUAAAUGCCCUCCUAACACCACCACUUCAUCCACAGACAAAAGGCAAUUCCAGAUGGCCAAGAACCUCGCUCAGCUGGCCAAGAAGUGGCAGAGGGUGGUGGCUAUGGGGAGGAAGAGGCUCACCUCAUCAACAUCAGGGGAGGAAACCGGAGGGCCGUGUGGCACGUCGUGCUUGCCUGUGGCUGGCAAGGGUCACUUCGUCGUGUACACUACCGACGGUGCGAGGUUCGAGGUGCCGCUUGCAUUCCUUGGCACGACCGUCUUCGACGAGCUCUUGAGGAUGUCCCAAGAGGAGUUCGGCUUCACAGGCGUUGAUGGUGGCAGAAUCAGGCUGCCCUGUGACGCAUCAAUGAUGGAGUAUGCCAUGUUCUUGCUCAGGAGAACUGCGUCCUCAGAGAUGGAGGCCGCAUUCCUCAACACCAUGGUGAUGCCAUGCCACUAUCAUGCGGAGCUACAUCUCGGAGUUAGCCAGCAUUAUGAUGUCUGCAGCUCCUGAUUACCAUCUGCAGAGAUAUAGGAAAAUAGAUUAAGGAAAACACAUUGUGCGUAAGCAUUUUGAUCUUGCUGGCAAAGAAGCAAUCAAGGAAGAUGGACCGUAGU